AUGGAUUCAGAGCGUCGCAAUGGGUUCAAGCGGAACUCUGCUCGCCAGGAGAGUCAUAGUCGUCCGGUGGAACGAAGACCCAGUAAAAAAUCCUCUUCCAAGGAUCGUCAUGGGAUUGUGUAUCCUGACAAUUUUCAAGACUCCACAAUCCGAACGGUAACCCCCGAUCCUCCGCAAGACCAAGCAAGCAAUUCCCUCGCCUCCGAUACUGAAUACCUUCCACCGAGCACAGCCGUAUCGCCCCGCACAACUAUUCGCAGCAAACCUUCGGAAGCGAGGCGUGAGUUUACCCCGUUCUAUUCUACCGGCGAGGAGGACGAAACCCCAGCGGAGCAGAGGAGUCGAAGGUUGAGGUCGAAGACAACCACCCUGGAAGAUCAGAGAAGUGAGGUGUCCCCCAAUUUCCUCUCAAGAACACGGACUAGAUUAGGCUCCCUCAAUACUACUUCCCCUUCAAGUACCAAAUCCCCAGAGGAUUCGGUAGGGUCCAUUGGCUAUCCUUCUAUUAUACAGUCUCCCACCCAACGGCAGCAGAAAUUAAUUAAGCCGCCCCCAGGAGGACAAGCAUUAAUGUCUAGUGCUUCUCGCAUUGAUGUUGCGCUAGGGUCGCCGUUUCUAAAUACAGAUUCCUCGAAGAUCCUCCAAUUGAUGAAAACAACUUGCGGUCGAAUGCACGGCAUACUGUAUUUCCGCACUUCUGUCACUGCUUCUUGGACUUCUGGAUACUGUGCUAUCAAUGUCGCGACUGGGAGCUUAAUUUACCAGGCUAAGGGCGAGCCAGCGCUUGCGAAGACAUUGAUACCGGAUCUCCGCGGUUGUCAUGUUCGGACGCUGUACGACACAGAAACCCAGAGUUCUUAUCUUUCCGUCUCAACGCAUUCUUCUACUCUAGGUAUUCAGCUACGGCCCCAUGUGAACGAAACGUUCGAUUCUUGGCUGGCAGCACUGCUCUGCUGGCAGCCCAUACGUCCAAAAGGUGUACGGGAUAAGAUGACCAAACCGCAAACUGUGACUAUUGGCGAACGCCGUUUCAUAGACCGUCGAAGGAACUCCGAAAGUACAGUGCAGAAGGAUGCUGCGAUUAUUAAGGUUGGAAAAAUGCUUCUCUGGGAUAAGCCUAGCGCGGCUGGAGUGCAUCUACCCACGUCUGCAGCGAGGGUAUCAACAUUCAAGCAGCAGAGAGCAUUAUCUCCUUCAUGGCGAAGGGUGAGCUGCUCUUUACAAGAAAACGGCCAUGUCAAGAUUUUCCCAGAGUCGGACAUUACCCCCAUACAUUUUAUUCAGCUCUCUCAGCUUUCCCGCUGCGCUAUUCAACAGUUAGACCCUUCCGUUCUUGAAGACGAGUUCUGCAUUGCUAUCUACCCACAGUACACCGCCCAUUCAGGUGCAGAAGUUACCACACGACCGAUAUACCUCUCUUUCGAGACUCGAGUUCUCUUUGAAGUUUGGUUUGUGUUGUUUCGAGCCUUUACCAUUCCAGAAUUAUACGGCCCCGAACAAUUCCCAUCAAAUGAAGACCCUCGAAGUCAGACCUCUACACCCCACCCAACUUUCUUGAACGACAUGUUCCGCAUUGAACGACUUUUAUCAGUGCGGGUGAUCGAGGCAAAGAUGACUGCACCACUUAAAGACGACAGUGAUACCCCGAAAAAUAAAAAGAUCAUGAAAACCCAAGCGACAAUAGGAAAAACUCAGAAGCAAAAUCCGGCGGCUGGGGAGUAUUAUGCUGAGGUCUUGCUUGAUGGGGAGAUACGAGCGAAAACCGCCAUAAAAGCUACUACCUCGACGCCGUUUUGGCGAGAAGACUUUAGCUUCCACGAUCUGCCACCCGUCCUGUCCAGCGCGUCAGUUAUUGUGAAAUCGCUUACCCCUACGCAAAAGGAGUGGACGCUUGUAACCCAUGGUCCCUAUUCGCUCAACCAAGGGGAAGUCAAUCCAAUGACGGUUGGGGAUGUUGAGGUUGCUUCGCAUGACGCUACGUACGGUAAAAUCGACUUGCGCUUGGAUGAGCUAGAUGCAGCGGGGGUGGAAAAGUGGUGGCCCAUACUUGAUGAAAAUGAGCAACAGGCCGGAGAAAUGCUGAUGAAGGUCCAACUUGAGGAAACUGUCGUUUUGGUGUCUCAAGACUAUGCGGCGAUGUCAGAGCUACUGCAUUCAUUCCCUAAUGGGCUUACUAUACAGCUUGCGCAGGUUAUCCCUGCGGAACUACGACCGCUAUCAGAAACCCUGUUAGACAUAUUCCAGGUCUCAGGCCAAGCUGGGGAGUGGAUAAUGGCGUUGGUGGAGGAUGAAAUUGAUGGCAUUCACAAAGAGUCCUCGGCUAGUCGUCUAAGAUACACCAGUCGAAUUCACUCAAACGACUCCUAUGAAUCUGGACAGGAAAGGGAGGUCCUAGUGCGUGACCUAGGUAGAUCAGCCACGGUCGAAGCAAACCUGCUUUUCAGAGGCAAUUCACUUUUAACGAAAGCGUUGGAUUUACAUAUGCGCCGUCUAGGACAGGAAUAUCUUGAGGAAACAAUCGGCUCCAAGCUUAGAGAUAUCGACGAGAGCGAUCCGGAUUGUGAAAUCGAUCCCAACCGAGUACAGCGACCUGAAGAUCUAGAACGGAAUUGGAGGAAUCUUAUCAUCCUUACUAGCAGUGUGUGGACGUCCAUUGCCGCUUCCUCGGCGCGAUGUCCUGCCGAGCUGAGACAUAUCUUCCGACAUAUCAGAGCUUGCGCAGAAGACCGUUAUGGCGAUUUCCUCCGAUCAGUUACCUAUAGUAGCGUUUCCGGUUUUCUUUUCCUACGCUUCUUUUGCCCAGCGAUUUUAAACCCUAAAUUAUUUGGACUGCUCAAAGAACAUCCCCGCCCGCGUGCUCAACGCACACUCACUCUCGUCGCCAAAGCGCUGCAAGGAUUAGCAAACCUGACGACCUUUGGCAACAAAGAACCUUGGAUGGAGCCAAUGAACAAAUUUCUUAUAUCUCACCGAGUCGAGUUCAAAGAAUUUGUAGAUUCGAUCUGCUCCAUACCAGCCGAGCGCCCGACGCAGAUUGUCAACCCUUCCUAUGCGACACCUAUCCAGAUCCUAGGCCGUCUUCCGCCUACCUCACGCGAGGGUUUCCCUAGUUUGCCAUUUCUCAUCGAUCAUGCCAGAAGCUUUGCAUUGCUGGUGAGAUUAUGGCUUGAUUUAGUGCCAACUAAUUUCAGCGAGCUUCCAGACGUCGAUGCGAACCUCAUCAAAUUCCAUGAACUGUGCGUCGCGCUUCACCAACGAACCAAGGAUUGUUUGAACAGAGCAGAGCAGGCGGAACGACCAAGCGGCAAUCUGGAAUUGAGAUGGGAGGAGUUGGUUGAGCAGAUGGAAAAAUCCUCAACGUUCUACGAGGAGAGCUCUAGUAAGGCAAACACGCCCAGCAUGGAAACAAUAGUCGGCAGUGCGGGUUCAACUUUUGCUGGUAGCAAUCGGAACUCGAUGGGCUACUUUCCACGGCCUUCCUUCCCACACAGGUCGACAGAUGUCAGCGCAGGUGAUGAAGCUGACGAUGAUACCCCUUCGAGUUCCGCAUCAGCUACUUGGGAACAUGGACGACUCCCUUUCUCGUCCUCUUUGCAGAAAUAUGAACCACGAGAGAGUGCGGACAGUUCGAAAAACUCCUCAACUUAUUCUCUCGAGUAUACCGAUACGGCCAAGGGAAGGCAAGCUAGUGUGUCAAGGGAUGCCGCGAGCAAAUACCGGCUUUUCGAAACUUUCUCUCGAAGGAAUAAGGGUAAGGACAAGGAGCCUGUAUGCGUAGGACCGGGAACGCGGUCGAAAGAAACAGGAGGGGAUGUUGGACCACGAAAUGAAUUUUGACUUCGAUGAUGACCUAAAAUACCAUAUCAACAAUACAUUCAAAACGGGAACAGCCAUGCAGAAAGCGUAUUGCCUUAUCCACUUCUUGCAAUUUCAUAUCUGUUCAUUUUUUUUGUCUUUCCUUUAUCCCUGUGUCUGUCGAAUGCAUUUAUGAAUUAAUGGGAUGUUUAUUUGUUUUCUCAUAUUAUCUAACACUGUCUGCAAAAUUUUCACUUUGUCUUGGAUCUUUUUUGUGAGGGUUUUGUCCAGAGCUGUAUCAUUUUUAAGCAGUCCCCCUCAAACCACAUUUUUAACUCCUUCCCCAACUCUACCUUAUCUCUCAUUCUUCUUACAUUAUUGAACCUCCCAAGAAAGUAAUGCUUUCUUGUCAUGUCUCUUCUGCAUGCAAAACAAGAUUCCCGAUACUUCCCGUCCAUAUAUUCCUUUCCGAGCCUUGCAUGCUCUCAUGCACUGAUCGCAAAGAACUUGUAAAGGCUUCUUUCAGCCACAGUAUUUCCAUGCUAAUCUGGGCGCGGGGGCUACCUACCUAUUCUAUUCUUUCUUAUCUAUAUAUUUCAAUGAUAUCCAGGCAACUAUUAUUAGUCUCC